AUGGCACCCCAACUUCAAAAAGAGCUGGAGGCUAGUAUAGCCGAUGGCGUGCUUCACGAAGAGGAUAUCGAUGCGUACUGGCAACGGACGAUGCCUACAGAUGCCUCUAAGUCGGCAAAGCUUCAUGAUACCCUUGUGACGGUUAUGGGGUCGUCAAAAGAGCUCAAUGUAGUCUUCCUCCAGGCGCUGGCUCGUUUAGCCCCAUGUCUUAUCAACAACGACAAUUUACGAUUCUGGUUCAAUAUCCUAGCUCCAAUUGCUAUUGAUUCUGGCGGAAAGAGUAAUGUCAUUGUGUCGCUGAGUCGUCAAUUUAUUGGUGCCAUUCUUGAAGGCAAUCACGACGAGGACCUUAAAGUGGUGUACCACGAGAACAGUGCCCUCUAUAUGCGGCUCCUCAUUGAUAUAUAUGUGGGCAACCCCAAUAAACUGUUGUCUCUGGAUGCAAUGGGACCAGAGUCUGAGGAAAGGGCCAGAUACAUUCGGGCCAACAUUCGAGAUUUACUUCUUGGUCACGGCCUUCGCCAUCUUGACGCACUACUUAAUGUCAUGUACGAGGAGCUUGUGAAGUCAAAGCACAGACUGCUUAUGUUGCAACUGUUGUCUGAACUUGUCUCAUCACAGCCUAAUGGAAAGUUAUUCCGUAUUGCGAGAACGCCUGUUCUAGACUUUUUGAUGAAAUGCAUCGAGCGUGACAAUUGCAACAUUUCUGUUGAAAUUGCAUCAAGAACUCUUGCUAUGGUUCUACCUCAUGUUUCUGACAAGCUCGUGGAGUUGCUACCCCGUCUGCUAGCAUGUUACGGUAGAAUGUCUUCUUGGCUCCCGUCAGUGACAGAUUCGAUGCUCACAUCUCCAGCAGGCGACAAUGAUCUCGAAAACGAUGGGUCCGAAAAGUCUGAUUGGGAAACUCUGAAUCCCGUUUUCAGAGCUCACGAGCCCAAUGCAGCACCCUUGUUUAAUAUCCUUUAUGCCUUGUUUCCAAACAACACAUUAAACUUUUGUCGCCAUGCAGAUGAUUACCUUGCUAAGGCCAACUAUACUCUGAACUUCAGCUCACCUUGGGACCGAUUCCUCAUUUCAGAGAGAGCCCAAGAGAUAUUCCCACAGUUCACCUUGCACCCACUACUCCUAACAUCUACUGCUGAACAAGAAAUCUCUAGUGCUUCUGCACGAUUCCAAAAGCUCGCCAGUGCAGCAGGAAUCACCUUUCUGUGCAUGGAGAUGCAAGCUGUUGGCAACGCGGAGGAUGAGCUACCAAUGGCACCGGGUGAGUGUGCUAACAGUAAUUUUGAGUCUUCAUCCCAGUCACUAUUGAAUCAGCACCAGCAACUGUUCAUGUCAAGCCUUGAACAAAAUUCUACGGGACUUUUCAAUGGAAGCAGAAUAACCAGGAGAGGAACGAAUAGCGAGUCUGGUACUCGCCCAAAUACGCCCAGAUUAAGCGCGACAUCGCCUGCUCAGAGUCCUACUGUCCCGCCAAACCCGGGAUCCAACCAAGGCCCCAAGCUGACGAUGCUCAUGCCAUCGAACCCGGCUUCGCCCAUCAAUCCCCAGGUUGAUAGCCCCGUUGUGCAAACCACAAUCGCGCUAGCAGAAGGUUCGUCCUCAUCUGAUGCUAACGGCCGCGGCCGUAAUGCCAAUCGUGACCGCAGCUCAAGUAAUACAUCUGCCAGACUUCGAAAAAGUAUGAGCCCCGCACCCCAAACAGUUGGCGCACAUGGAAGCCCAGUAGGCCAGAUCCAGACACAAAACCUACAAAAUACUCCAACUCUCAACCCAAUUGACGAACGAAAGCAUUAUGCCUUCUCGGUAGACUACUAUGUGCGAGAAUUACUGCUAAAUAAAAACGAGUUGGAUUUCGCAAAUUUCUCCCGGCACAUUGUAGAGCGUAAGGCAGUGCGUCUUCAAAAACAGUUACGCGAACUUGCAAUGGCCAAAGUUCGGAUCGAGUAUUUAUCAGGGGAAAACAAAAAACUAAACGCCCGACUCGCCAAAAUUGAAGACGAGCAUUCACAAGCUCAAAGGGUUGCUCGCACUCGUCUUCGAGAUAGGACAGCAUAUGAGUCCAGUCUAUUGGAAAAAAAUCGGGAGUUGAGACAACAAUUGAUUAACGUGACUACAGAGGUUGAUCAAAAGAAGGCUGAAAUCGAUAAACUUAAAGAGGACUACUCUCAAAUCACCCAAGAGUUCCACCAGCUUGCCAGCCAGAUUGAAACUAAUGCUCAAGAAAAUGAACUUAUGCUGAACCAGAGACAGACAGAAGAGGCCACUGUUGUGGAGGCCGAUGAGCCAAUGGCAAAUAGUUACGAGGUCAGCGAGUAUGAGGCCAAAUACCACGAGACUGUGAUGGAACUAGAGUCGGUGAGAGCACAGGUCAGUCAAGAAGUUGGACCUCUCCGCAAACAAAUUGCAAGCUUAAAGGCAGAGCUUGAUGAGAGCAACGCCAAGCUGGAAGAUCGUGUGCGAAAGCUUCAGCUCACCACUAAAACUAUUGCUGCUGAAGUUCAAGCAUCAGAAGGUACCAAGUUUGCUCAACUACAAGCGGCACAUAACGAUCAAUCUGUGCGGGUUGCACAGCUUGAAAGGGAGCUUAUGGCCCGCCGGGUUCACGAAGAAGAGCAGUUGAGCGAGCUUCGUACCACUCUCUUACUUUCGCGGCCUUUCAGUCUACAAGAAUCGGAAGUAGGGGAGAUGAGGAUCCGCGGUAGAGGUGGUGCACAAGGCACAGUACGUAGAUAG